GCACCCUUGAAAGUUUGUCAUGCAACGUCAUCAGGACCUUAUUAAUAUUCAUGAGUCAAGCCUUUAGCAUAGAACUUUAUCCAGUCUAUGCUGGAAUAUCCUAUGCAAUAUUUAUGAAGGUCACCUUCGCCAUAGUAGCAUUUGUAUUUCUUCCGUCAACGGCGCACAGGGGGAUCUGUUGGGUGUAUUAGUGCGUCCUGACCCCGAAAAGCGAAAACUAGAAAAUAACUGGUUUUACUGAACGCCCAAUCAUCAAUCUCCCGUUUUGUCAUUCUAACAGUAAACUUUGUGGAAAGCGGAGGUUUGCUGCACACAGGAUUAAUGCAAGAGUAAUGUCACCCUCACGGAUGUUCUUCCUGUCUGCUGUGUUCUACGUGGCCCUUUUUCAUCCAAUUUUGGGCCAGAACUGCUCAGAGCACUGUAAAGCAUGCGGGGGCCCAGAGAAAGACCAAUGCCUUCAGUGCCACACCGGAUUCAUCCUCCAUGACAACCUAUGUGUGGAUACUGAUGAAUGUGGUACUGAUCUGGAUCAGUGUCCCGACAACACGUACUGCUUCAAUACCCAUGGCUCUUAUGAAUGCAAAGAAUGUGAUAAGGCCUGUGUUGGCUGUAUGGGUGGAGGAUCUGCUCGCUGUAGGAAAUGUGCUGCUGGUUACAGAUCAUCAGGCAUGAGAUGCAUAGAUAUAGACGAGUGUGCUGAAGAGGUGUUGGCCUGUCCUGGUGUCAACGUGUUUUGUGUGAAUACAGAGGGCUCUUUUCACUGUCAGUGUGCAGUGGGUUACACACCCAGAGGCGAUGCCUGUGAGAGAAGCCAGACAGCAGCUUCUGAAGAAAAGGGUCUUUUUGAUGACAUCCAGGAGGAUGAAAUCGAGGUCCUGCAACAGAUGUUCUUUGGCGUUGUUCUGUGCGCAUUGGCCACUCUGGCGGCUAAAGGGGACUUGGUCUUCACCUCCAUUUUUAUGGGGGCGAUGGCGGCCAUGGCUGGAUACUGGCUCUCUGAUAAGAGCGACCGAGUGAUAGAUUCCAUCUUGAAGGGGAGAUAAAUGGUAAAUGCGGCCUGUGAAGUUAUUUGCAGCGCUGAGCUUUUUCGAGUUAGGCCAUUCCUUACACCAUGAUAAGAUGGUAUAGCCCAGGGAAGCUGCUGUAAGGCAAAAAAAGGAUGUUUUCACAGUAACACAUGGCCUACAACUUGCUUACUGCUUUUAUAAAAUAGCAGCAGCAGCAAUGUGUUCAAGCAGUAUUGUAAUAAGCAUGAACUUUUCCUACCCCAAAUAGCUUUUGGGCUUGCCGUGUUUUAUUUCACUUACUAGUUGACUACUGUAAAUUGGGAAUCAGUCACUCAUGAAUAUUAAUUUGUGCACUAGCAAGGGCCUUAAACUAUAUCAAUCUUAUGUUAUUUUUUUUAAUUGUGUUCUUUGCAUUUUUAUUAGCCUUCAGGUAGUAUAUAAAUGCUGUAGAAGUUUAUUUGUGUGUACACUACCAGUCAAAAGCUUUUUUAAUGUUUUUUUAAAGAAGUCUCUUCUGCUCACCAAGUCUGCAUUUAUUUGAUCUAAAGUACAGCAAAAACUGUAAAAUUUUAAAAUAUUUUUACUAUUUAAAAUAACUGCUUUCUAUUUAAAUAUAUAUUAAAAUGUAAUUUAUUCCUGAGAUUUCAAAGCUGAAAUUUUAGCAUCAUUACAUGAUCCUUCAGAAAUCAUUCUAAUAUUCUGAUUUGCUGCUCAAAAAACAUUAUUUUUAUUAUUAUGUUGAAAACGGCUGAGUAGAAUUUUUCAGAUUUCUUUGAUGAAUAAAACGUUCAGAAGAACAGCAUUUAUCUGAAAUAGAAAUCUUUUGUAGCAUUAUAAAUGUCUUUAUAAUCACUUUUGAACAAUUUAAAGCACCCUUGCUAUUAAUUUCUGUAAGUUCUUUUCCAAAAUUUAAAACUUUAUUUUGAAAAUUUGAAACUUUAGCUUUAAUCACAAGAAUAAAUUACAUUUUAAAAUAUAUUCAAAUAGAAAGCAGUUAUUCUAAAUAAUAAAAACAUUUCACAAUAUUACUGUAUUUUAGAUCAAAGAAGAGACUUCUUUAAAAAAACAUGAAAAAUUUUUACUGUUCAAAACCUUUUGACUAGUACAUUACGUUUAAAUGUUUGGUGUCAAUAAGAUUUUUUAAUGUCUCUUUUGCUCAUCAAGGCUGCAUUUAUUUUAUUAAAAAUGCAGUAAUAUUGUGGAAUAUUAUUACAAUUUUAAAAAACUGAUGUUCGUUUUAACGCAUUUUUAAAUUUGAUUUAUUUCUAUAAACGCAAAGCUGAAUUUUCAGCUUCAUUACUCCAGUCUUCAGUCUCACAAGAUCCUUCAGAAAUAAAUCUAUUUUUUUUUUUGGAAAACAUGAUAAAAUUUUUCCAAGUUUCCUCAAUGCAUACUAAGCAGUUUUUCUGAACAGUUGUGUAUGUAAUGUAACAGCAACAUAGAAUGUUUUUAUGAGGACACUGUAAAACACUCAUUGGACUUCAACUAAUAAACUUUUAUUUGUUUUUAAAUGAAACAGAGCAUAUCUCAGAAAGAAAGUCACUUUUAUUUAAUGGAUAUAAACAAGCCGACUGACACUCAAGAAUAGUUGGGGGGGGAUUACAACACAUACAAUAGCAAAUAUCAGGGAAGUUGAGGACUCCGAGUAAAGCCCAACAGGGUUUAAAAACAUCGAACAUGACAUAGAUUUCACACCGAACACCCCAGUCGCGCCUCCUAGGCUCUCGUUUCACUAACUUUCUCCGACACGCACGCACGCCGCAUUCACACCCCGGAACGAUCCUAUUUGCAUACACAGACACAAUCAUGCAAGCAUAUCCCACACUCUUUAGCAUCUCAGAUCUGCACCCCGAAAACAUGCGAACGCUUUUAUUUAGUUGCACGGGCAA